UAAGGGUUUCCAGGUGUGAUGGCAGACACAGACGUUCUGAUAGAAGAAGAUUUGGACAACAAUGAGUCCGGGACACCGGUGUCCACCAGAAUGUCCUUCUCGUCGCCCAGACGAGGAGUAACUGUGAGCUUCCACAACAUCAACUACAGCGUGAAGAUGAAGAGCGGCUUCUUGUGCAAGAGGAAGGUCACACAGAAGAACAUCCUCAUCGAGCUCAAUGGUAUCAUGAAGCCAGGGCUGAACGCCAUAUUAGGAGCCACUGGAAGCGGGAAAUCAUCGUUUCUGGAUGUUCUGGCCGCUCGUAAGGAUCCUGCUGGUCUUUCUGGAGAAGUUCUUAUAGACGGAGCUCCACAACCUCCAAACUUCAAAUGUCUGUCUGGAUACGUAGUGCAGGAUGACGUGGUCAUGGGGACGCUGACCGUUCGUGAGAAUCUGCGUUUCUCAGCGGCUUUAAGGCUCCCGAAGUCGAUCCGUCAGCGAGAAAAAGAUGAGAAGGUUGAGAGACUCAUUCAGGAGCUGGGACUGAGCAAAGUGGCAGAUUCACGGGUGGGCACACAGCUGAUUCGUGGUAUUUCAGGCGGAGAGAGGAAGAGGACGAAUAUCGGCAUGGAGCUGAUCAUUGAUCCACCGGUGCUUUUCCUGGAUGAACCGACCACCGGCCUGGACGCCAGUACGGCCAACUCUGUCCUCAUGCUGCUCAAGAGAAUGGCGGACAGCGGUCGCACCAUCAUCCUGUCGAUCCAUCAGCCGCGGUACUCCAUCUACCGGCUGUUCGACAGCCUCACGCUGCUGGUGGGAGGAAGAAUGGUGUAUCACGGCCCGGCUCAAGACUCCCUCGACUACUUUAGGCAAAUCGGAUACACCUGUGAACCUCAUAACAACCCUGCUGAUUUCUUCCUGGAUGUCAUCAAUGGAGAAUCCACCGCCGUCGCUCUCAACAAGUUAUAUGUCAAUGAGGAACUGGACGAGGCAUCGAAGGGCAUCGAGGACUGUUUGGUGGAGGAAUACAAGAACAGUGCCAGCUACAAACAGACCAAAAGCGAGCUGGAGCGAAUCGUUCAGGGACAGGACUACAGCACACGACCCAAAUCCAGAACCAUCACCUACAGCACGUCCUUCUGCCACCAGUUCAACUGGGUCCUCAAGAGAACCUUCAGGAACCUCAUGCUGAACCCACAGACCUCGUUCGCUCAGAUCGGGGUGGCGAUUUUCUUGGCUCUGGUUGUUGGAGCCAUAUUUUUUGGAGUGGAGGACAAUUUGAGCGGCAUUCAGAACAGGAUAGGCGCGCUCUUCUUCAUCACCACCAAUCAGUGCUUCAGUUCUAUUUCCUCAGCUGACCUCUUCAUCACAGAGAGGAAACUGUUUGUGCACGAGUACAUCAGCGGAUACUACAGAGUGUCAGUGUACUUCCUGUCUAAGAUCCUGUGUGACAUCCUGUUUCUUCGCACCAUCCCUGGCAUCGUCUUCAGCUGCGUGGCGUACUGGAUGAUCGGACUGAAGGCGUCAGUGGAGACAUUCUUCAUCUUCUUGUUCUCCAUCGUUCUGGUGUCGUACACAGCCACGUCCAUGACUCUGGCCAUCUCUGCUGAUCAGACGGUGGUGGCCAUCGCUAACAUCUUCAUGACCAUCAGCUUUGUGAUUAUGAUGAUCUUCUCAGGGCUGCUGGUGAAUCUCCCCAGUGUCGCUGACUGGUUGAACUGGCUGAAGUAUCUUAGUAUUCCUCGUUAUGGUCUCACUGCUGUGGAAAUCAAUGAGUUCACUGGCCUCAUCUUCUGUGACACAAAGAACAUAACCAGAAUAGGAAGACAAGUCUGUUCGACCGGUGAGGAAUUUCUGUCCGAACAGGGCAUUGAUUAUUCAACCUGGGGUUUGUGGCAGAAUCAUUUGGCUCUGGGAAUCAUGACCCUCAUCUUCCUCAUCAUCGCUUACCUCAAGCUGCGCUUCAUCAAGAAAUUCACCUAAACACAAGCUCUUUGGUGUGUCCAUCAGAUGCACACAGUAUACUUUUUGCCUGCUGUUUUAUGAGUACUGUGAAUUUGGCCAUACAUUUAGCCAUACUUCGUUUGUCACAUACUGUUAAUCACCCCUAUAUAUUAGGGAGGCAUGCGAUUUAAGUUGCAGCCAUAGAUGAGAUCCUACACAUUACACACUGCUUCCCACUCAAACAGUAAUCAUAUGCAUAAGUAAAUCAAUCAUACAAAUAUACAAAUACUGAUCCAAUCAUCCUGCAGACAGAAAUUAACAUGUAAAGCAUCGACUCUGCUUAUAGGUUUAUUGUUCUCAAAGGGUUAUUAGAUCAAUGAUUUCUGUCACAAUUAUUGUUUUUCCCCCUUUUUUGUCCUCUGUGCAGUAGCUACUGUAAAUAAACUAUGUUUAAAUAUGAUGUACAUAGUUAUAACAAUUAUUUAACAAAUACUUUAAACCUCUAUAAACACCUGUGGCCAUCAUUUGUUUUUUUUUGUUUUUUUCACUUUUUAAAUACAGUUACAUAAAAAGGUAGACUGUUGUACUUUGAAUCAGAAAACUAAGACUUUUUUUAAAUGCUAGAUAGUCAAACUAGUUCUUAAGACCGUCUCACCAAAACACAUGAGUAAAUCAGACUUCUCGUGAUCCACAUCUGAAAUGUGUCUGCCUGGUAUAAACUGUGGUUUUACCAAAGAAAAGAAAAACAAAAAGGUGUAACACAUCUGUUACAGUUGUAACAGUAAGACUAGCUUCUAAUGGAUUUCAGUAGAAACAAACAAUAAGACAAAUUGGAAUGUGAAUUUAGUAGUAAAUAACUGUUUUCAAACAGGUUUCCUCCAUUUCUCCUGAUGUUUACCCUGCUGAUCAUUUUAGUUUU